CAGGGGAUGGGGAUGGACCAAUGGCGACGAGGAUCAGCGCAGAUUAGGUGGCGGACGAAACACACAGUUUCCAGCGGGCAGAAAUGUCCGCCGGGCAAGGGGCUGGAGAGCAUAGCCCCUCUGGUGCAGUCUGUGGAGGAGACCCCUGAUCCCAUCCCCACCACCAUCAAGGGAACCAUCCCAACAUGGAUCAAUGGGAGCUUCUUGAGGAAUGGUCCUGGGAAGUUUGAGUUUGGGAAGGACAGAUACACCCACUGGUUUGACGGCAUGGCCAUGAUGCACCGGUUCCACCUGUGCGAUGGGAACGUCACCUACAGCAGUCGUUUCCUGCAAAGUGACUCAUACGUCCAAAACUCAGAGAAGAACCGCAUCGUGGUGUCGGAGUUCGGGACAUUAGCCAUGCCCGAUCCCUGCAAGAACAUCUUUGCACGCUUCUUUUCACGCUUUUCAGUCCCUAAGUCCACGGAUAACGCCAGUGUGAACUUUGUCAAGUACAAGGGAGACUAUUAUGUCAGCACAGAAACCAACUACAUGAGACGAGUAGAUCCACAGAGCCUGGAGACAAAGGAGAAGGUCGACUGGAGUCAAUACAUUGCUGUGAACUCGGCGACAGCUCACCCACACUAUGACCGUGACGGAGCCACGUACAACAUGGGCAACUCCUUCGGAAAAAGCGGUUUCUUCUACAACAUCAUCCGUGUUCCUCCUCCUGAGGAGAACGCAGCGAAGGAGGACUCAGCAGAUCUGACUGGAGCCACAGUGAUCUGCUCCAUCCGUGCAGCUGAACCCAGGAAACCUUCUUAUUAUCACAGCUUUGUCAUGUCGGAGAACUACAUCGUGUUCAUUGAGCAGCCGAUCAAGCUGGACCUGCUGAAGUUCAUGCUGUAUCAAAUCCAAGGAAAGAGCUUUCAUAAAGUCAUGACCUGGGAGCCUCAGUGCGAAACCAUCUUCCACCUGGUCGACAAGCACACUGGCGAGGAGAGUGAGGUGAGGUACCGGGCAGCCCCCAUGUUCACACUGCAUCAGAUCAAUGCCUUUGAAGACAACGGGAUGUUGGUGAUGGACAUGUGCUGCGGGGACGAUGGUGAGGUCAUCGGAGACUUCACACUGGAGAACCUCAGGAGAGGCGCCGGAGAGGAAAUGGACAAGUUCUACAACUCGUUGUGCAGAAACCUCCCGAGGAGAUAUGUCCUACCCCUGACUGUGGACAAGGAAACUCCUUUGGAUCAAAACCUUGUCACUGGGUAUAAAGCCACAGCAAAGAAAACAAAAGCAAAAGAGGUUUACAUGACCCACGAGGAACUUUACGAUGAUGAGCUGCUGCAGUACGGGGGCCUCGAGUUCCCUCAGAUCAACUACGACCAGUACAACGGAAAACCCUACCGCUACUUCUACUCCUGCGGCUUCGGACACUGCUUCAGUGACUCCCUGCUCAAAAUGGAUGUCCACACCAAGGAGCUUAAGGUGUGGCGUUAUCCCGGCUUGUACCCGUCUGAGCCUGUCUUUGUUGCGUCGCCCAAAGCUACCGAGGAAGAUGAUGGGGUAGUCUUGUCAGUCAUCAUUACACCCAGAGAAGAGAAAAGCACUUUCCUGCUCAUUCUGGAUGCCAAGACCUUCACUGAGCUGGGCAGAGCAGAGGUCCCCGUCAAUAUCCCGUACGGGACCCACGGCGUGUUUAACCUCAAGGGCUAGACGUACCACCGUUUGGAGCUCUGUGGAAAAUUAAAUCUAUUUAUCCACAGAGCACUCAUCAAAAUCAAUAUGGUUUAUGCCAUUGAUGUUAAAAUUCCGAAACUCUAAAAGAAAUAAGAACAGAAAUAAGAACUGCAAGGAAAUGCCCAUUUGUUUGUGCCUCCUCGAUAAGAACAGGUACAUGUCCUCGCUGUGUACUUCCAUUACAGUCAGAUAGAUAGAAAUCUAACAACACAGAAAGCCCAGCAUGGCAUCAGCACACUGAUAAAAUGUGUCCUCUAAGUGUUUUUACAGUAUAUGCUCUUUUGUAACAGCCUUUAGACGAUGUCUAGAGCCCCUGGCCGAUAGCGCUUAUUUUGAAGGACUGCUACUUGAAUCAUCUUGAAAAACCAUAAAACAAAACAUAAGUCAAUACUUAAAUU